ACUCGCCGUUAUCAGCAGAGGGGAAAAAAAUCCCCACCGUCGCCAUAAUACAGCAGCAGCGGAAACGGCUGAGAAGUGGCUAGAAAACAAAAGAGCGCACGCAGUCGUCCUCGCCAUUUGGUAUGCUCUUGCAGCGACUCCUAACGGCAUUGAUCCUCCCUCCCCUCUCUCUAGUGUUACAGGAAUGCCCAAGGAAAAAUAUGACCCGCCGGAUCCCAGGCGGAUGUACACGAUAAUGUCCAGCGAAGAGGCAGCCAAUGGGAAGAAGUCGUACUGGGCUGAGCUGGAAAUUAGUGGUCGAGUGAGGAGUCUCAGCACAGCCCUGUGGUCCCUCACCCACCUCACUGCCCUGCACCUCAGUGACAACUCAUUGUCACGCAUCCCGCCAGACAUUGCCAAACUUCACAAUUUGGUGUACCUGGAUCUUUCAUCCAACAAGAUCAGGAGUCUGCCGGCAGAGCUCGGCAUCAUGGUGUCUCUCAGGGAACUGCUUUUAAAUAACAACCAGUUGCGGGUUCUGCCUUUUGAAUUGGGAAAACUGUUUCAGUUACAAACUCUGGGGUUAAAAGGAAACCCACUUGCACAAGAAAUUAUGAGCCUCUACCAGGAACCUGAUGGCACGCGAAGACUGCUCAAUUACUUGUUAGACAAUCUGGCAGGGGCUAUCAAGCGCAUACCAACAGAGCAGCCCCCGGCCCGAUCGUGGAUCUCUCUCCAGGAACCAGACAGAGCCCGGCCAUCAGCGCUGUUCUCGGUCAUGUGCUACAAUGUGUUGUGCGAUAAGUACGCCACGAGGCAGCUGUACGGCUACUGCCCCUCUUGGGCUCUAAACUGGGAGUACAGGAAGAAGUCCAUCAUGCAAGAGAUUAUGGGCUGCAACGCAGACAUCAUCAGUUUGCAGGAAGUGGAGACAGAGCAGUACUACAAUUAUUUCUUGCCAGAACUAAAGGAGCAGGGUUACGACGGGUUCUUCAGUCCAAAGUCGCGAGCUCGGACCAUGUCAGAGUCGGACCGAAAACAUGUGGACGGAUGUGCAAUUUUCUACAAGACAGAAAAGUUCAGUGCAGUGCAGAAGCACACAGUAGAAUUUAAUCAACUGGCAAUGGCUAACUCAGAAGGCUCAGAGGCCAUGUUGAAUCGUGUGAUGACCAAGGACAACAUUGGGGUCGCCGUACUGCUUGAAGUCCGCAAAGAGAUGAUGGAAAUCUCCUCCGGCAAGUUGCUGCAUGGCAUGGAGAAGCAGCUUCUGCUGGUGGCCAACGCCCACAUGCACUGGGACCCCGAGUACUCUGACGUCAAGCUGGUUCAGACCAUGAUGUUCCUGUCGGAAGUGAAGAACAUUGUGGACAAGGCGACGCGCAGCCUCAAGUUGUCCUCUGUCUCUGGUGAAACCAAUGGCAUUCCGCUGGUGCUCUGCGCUGACCUCAACUCUUUGCCCGAUUCUGGCGUGGUUGAGUACUUAAGUACGGGUGGAGUGGACUGCACCCACAAGGACUUCAAGGAGCUUCGCUACAGCGACAGCCUGACCAAAUUCAAUUGCAACGGCAAGAGCAGCACGUCCAACGGCAGGAUCACCCAUGGCUUCAAGCUGAAAAGCGCUUACGAGAACGGCCUGAUGCCUUACACCAACUACACAUUUGACUUCAAGGGUGUCAUCGACUACAUUUUCUACUCCAAGCCUCACCUGAACGUCCUGGGCAUCCUGGGCCCUCUGGAUCCUCACUGGCUGGUAGACAACAAUGUCAGCGGAUGCCCGCACCCUCACAUCCCCUCUGACCACUUCAGUCUCUUCUCCCAGUUGGAGCUUCUCCUGCCCAACGUGCCCCCCCAGGUCAAUGGUCUCCAUCUGCCUGCACGCAGGUAGUGAGUCCUGGCCAGUCCCCCGGGGUCGGGCAAGGGGGGGGGGGUCUGUCCUUCUCUGCCCGUGACCCCUCCCACGACCAGCUCUCCCCUCUGCCGCCCCCCGGAGGAGGAAGGCAUAAAAGAAAAAAAAACACAACCUGUAAAAUAUUCGUACAGUGAGGUCUGGCCAACAGGGAUUUCGUAUGAUGUUAAAGAUAUUCUAUAUUUUUCUUUUAUUUUCUCUCUCUCUCGUCUUUUUUUUUUUUUUUUUUUUUUUUUUUUUUUUUUAAACUGCUCAAGUCCAAUUUGUGUAUCACAUUUUUUUCUUUUGGACUCCCUUAAAUCCCUACAUACAUGUCUUUCGCUACACCGGAUGCUAGCUCAUCCCGCGUUUUUCGACGCGAGAGAGAGGGCCAUGUUUUGCGGAAAAGCUUCCAAGCUGAUGGUGUGUGUGUGUGUGUGUGUGUGUGUGUGUGCGCGUGUGCGCGCAUGUGUACACUCGUGUGUCUGCCUGUCCUGUAUAAACCUGAAACCAGCAAAGACAGCAGACACAACACUCUUUACAACUCCAUCGCGCGGCAAGAGGGCUGGUAGUCAGGAGUCGAGACGGGAACUUUUCCCGUUGUCGUUCUGUGGUGCUCGGGGCCCCGUCGAGUGCUCCUGUGGUGCUGCACCUCCGACCCCCCCGCCCCGGCGCCCGACCGUGGUGCAAUAGCUCCCGCACGCAAUUCCGCACCCCACCCACUCUAAUGGUGCUGCUUGACUUCACAGAGCCAGGAGGAACGCUUUGAGAAACAGCUACCAACCUAAUCUCAGACUGUUUUGGGUGUUGUCGUCUUAAUGCUAUACGGCACUCUCAGCCCGCACUUAAUUUUGGGUAGCGACCAUUUGGGGAUUGGGGUCUUGAGUUGCUUCUAUUUUGCAAGCGAGACUGCCGGUCAAGGGGUGGUACGACCAGCAUUCCUCUCACUGUCCAGCGCAACACACACGCACACACACAUUUGUAGCACUGUCUCAAUGGCCAGUAGUGUCGUUCCUGCGUCAUUCAACCCAAACACACACACACACACUCACUAUAUAAGUGUUUUCAGUUCUUUAGUUGUUGUUUUUUUUCACAAGUUUGUACAGAAUCAAAAGCAUAGACUCGGUCUUUACAUGAUUGUAUAUGAAUCACAGAAGACUUGUUUUCUGGCGUUCUUUUGUACCAAGAGUAAAUUAUAAUCCCAUUUGAGAAAAGAUUGUAUGUAAACUAUGACUAAAUUUUUAUCCCGUUCAUGUCGCGGUGAAACUGAUGACCAGCUUGUACAAACAACAUAAGCAGAAGAAGAAGAGGUUGUUCACGGCGCUUUGUCACAACUUUGCACUCCCUUUGAGAUGAACCAUUACGUAGCGGAUCUGUUGUUGUUUUGAAGCCCCUGCCAUUACUUCCAAUGUUGAUUUGGUUUGAUUGUGGUGAUUUGUGCCCAAGACAUCUGCCAUCGAUCAUCCCCAACAGCUCAUUGACCUACACGCACACGUAUAUGCCGUGUGAUUGACACCCGACAAAUAACCCCCCCCCCCCCCCAUGUUCAAGCAAACAUCGUAGCAGUCGUUGUCUUGCACUACUAAACAUUUGACAGACGCCUGAACAACCUUUUCUGCUUUUAUUUUUAAAUACUGUUGAGACAUUUGUGAAGAUUUUAUGUCCUUUUGUGUUUUGUUAAAAGUUGGUUCUCCUUUUUUACGAGCCGUGACAAUGUUAAAGAUGUUGUGUAUUCCUUUUUGGUUUUUUGAACCCCCCCCCCCUCCCCUCAAUAAUCAGGUAUGUGUGUAAACGCCCCACCUCUACUUUGUCCAUAAGGAUCAGAUGUGACUUUGAUGAUUUAUCAUCAUUGUACAUUAGCACAGCUCUGCUACUUUGCUUUUGCAGCCAGAUCACCUCCACAUUUUAUUUUAUUUUCCACCCAGCCCUCCUGCCUCCCCCCAAUCUUUAGUUAGUUCUGUCAUUUUAAAUCCCUCGAGAGCAACCACUUUACAUCAUUGUCACGUCCAGGUACACACGCACACACACACACACACACACAUGUAGCUCAAGCUACUGUCCCAUCCGUGGAACACCCCCACUUGGUCCACCUCGCCCCAAAGUUUCAGCGACAGUAUGGCUUUAGAUGCCACAGGAAGACAAGCACUUAUUAGACUCCGCCCCCUCCACUUUGCAGACAUCUCAUCACUUUGUUUUAAAGCGACGGAAGCAAAUGGGAAGUAUGAAGUUAGUCCCCAGAGGUCUUUCCUGUUCUGUUUGUUUGCCUCCAAUCUGUUUUUAACUGAAAAAAACAACAGUGUCCACUUUUUUUCUUCCUUUUCCUGAAUGGCAUUAGUAUUGUAGUAGAUGAAAAAGCUAGCUUCUUUUUGUAAAGUGUGAAUAAAAGAUGUAUCUCAUGUUUCCUUUCUAAAAUGAUACUGAAUUGUGUUGAUGUAUAAAUACUGAAUUCUACAACGUAUUGUUUGCGACGUUUUAGUACUUUCCCAUUCUACACGCUUAACCUGCCACAAACCAAAUUCUCUGUCAAUGAUGUGUACAGGAGUUGAAUGUUCGGAAAUGAAGGAUGGAGUGUUUUGGGCAUCAGCAAAGGCGACAUCUUUUGGUGUUAUGAACUCAACCCCCUCCUCAUUUUUUUUUUGUGUGUGUGGUUUUGUUACUUUCAGCUUUAUUACGCAUAUUUUGCCUGGCACUAGCUGGAGAGUGCUAGUGCCUGAAGGUGAGGGCAGCAGAGCUGACCUCUCCUAGUGGCUGCUGAGCUUAUGAUGUGCCGCUGGUCGCCAGACUGCUCUUGUGAUCAUUUCUCUCUCUCUUUCUCCCCCUGUCUCUCCUUUUCUCUCUUCUUUUGUGUGUAAUGUGCUUGAUUUCGCACGCUUCCCUCGUGAAGGCAGACCGCCGUCUCCGAGAGCCCAAUCGCAGAGCAAAACUCGUGUGAUGGUGUUGUGAUUUUGUUUGUGCUCCUUUAGGUGUAGAGUGAUCUAUUUUCCCUAAGCUGCAUCUUUUUGUUGUUGCGUUGCACACCAAAGCUGCUCGUAGUAACAAAUCAUACCCCCCCCCCCACACCACCUCAUCCAAGUCAUGUGAAUUGGAGAGCUGUAAGGAAACUUUUUCCUUGGACUGACUUCAUUGCUUUUUUAAAUUAAUUGCAUCUCCUUUCAGAAAAAUGGCAAUAAUACUCAACAUUCAGACGCGUUUUGUUUUAGACAUUUUAUGUGGAGACUAAUGUAGCUUCUUUCACCCUUUAACACUGCGCCCACUGUUGUUAGCCGAUGCAUUGAUUUCCCCUGUAUAUUUGCUCAUCUCCUUUCCCCGCUGACUUCGUGCUAGUUGUUCAAUGAUCAGGAUUGUCUAUCUGUAGUCAGCUGAGUACAUUUUAUUGAUCUGUCACUGUGUUUAUGCACUGGACCAACUAUUGUUUACCAUUCAUUAAAUACCAGCAAAAAAAAAGAAUAAAUUAAUAACUGAUAACAAAACACUUGCACAAUGUUGUAGAAUGUCCAUUAACCCAGACAAGAAAUCAAGGCAGCUCUUUUCAAAUCAACGCAUAUUGUUUGAAAAAGGAACUGAAUGGUAAACAAUGUUUCUGUUGUACACUUAUCCGUCCUCUCAAAUCUCUUUGGACUAGUUUUGUACUUUUUUUUUCAUUGACGACAGGUUCUGCUUGUUUCCUUUUCACCUACCUAUGUAUUUUCCUACUUGUUCAAAAUAAAUUCUAUAUUAUCUGUUUCAA